AUGGUCGGCGUGGGCGUGGCGGAGGGCGGCGGGGGCGGCGUGCCCGACGGCUACUACGGCGACUACUACCCGCCCGAGUACUACGUGCCGCCGGAGAUGUGCCCCCACCCGCAGCAGCAUCCCCAGCACGCGCACAUGUGCACCGUGCACACUGAAUACGGCGGUAUGCCGGUGGUAACGACAGCGACCAUGAUGCCGGCGAUGAUGCCACCGGUACUCGACGAAGGGCUGCGACAUUACCUAGUGGCCCAUCCCCACGCGCAGCAUCCUCACCAUGCGCCCCAUCACCAGCCCCCACACCAUCAGCCGCAGCCGCCGCACCACCAACCACCAAUCCACCAGCCACCACAUCAUUAUGGUCCAACCAAUGGUGCAGGAGCUCCACAACAUUUCUAUGGCGCUGGGUACCCAACUCAUUUUCACCAUGUGCCUCCUCAUCACUUGCAACAUUCUCCUCCUCCACCAGUCUACCAAAAGGAUGAAAGAACCCAACGCCAAUAUUCAAAACUUAAGCAAAAGUUGGAACGCAAACAGACCAAUCGAAAUAAUGGUGUUGAAAUCAAUUCUGGUGCAAGUACACCUUCUCUUUCACCGCGGAAAGAAUUAAAUGGAAGAGGCGGCGGCAGUGCCGGUGCUUCUUCUGGUGCUUGGUCAGAAGGAGAAGGUUCCUCGGCUGGUGCAUCUGUGCAGGGUGAUGAUGAUAAUGAUACGCAGGCAUUUCUUGAUCUACUCUCAGCUACUCGAACCCCUCAGGUUAGCGAUAUAACCCCUACCAGUGCUUUAGUGCAAUGGAAUUCACCGUUGCCAGAAGGGGUUUCAUUGCCUAAUGUGGAAUUGACGUAUGACUUACUUUUGGGUGACCGAGGACGUUAUAAAGCGAUCUACAGUGGGCCGUCAUUGUCUUGUCGGGUACGGGACCUGAGGCCCGGGUGCGAAUACUCGGUGUGCCUGCAGAUCCGCGCGGGCGAGCAGACCGGCGCCGCGAGCGAGGCGGCCACAUUCCGCGCUCCCCCCGCGCCCCCCGCCCGCCUGGCGCCCGCGCGCAUCGCCAACCGCACGCGCGCCUCGCUGCUGCUGCGCUGGCCCUCCGCCGCGGACAACGGCUCGCGCGUCCUCCACUACGUGCUCGAGAUGGACUCGGGCGACGGCUUCGCGGAGGUCUCCCGCCCGCGCACGCGCCAGCACACCGUCAACAACCUGCGCCCGCAGACGUGCUACCGCUUCCGCAUCGCCGCCGUCAACGAGUGCGGCCGCGGCGAGUGGAGCGACGAGUUCGCCGGCUGGACCAUGGGUGCGCCGCCGCCCGCCCCCGCGCCCCCCGCCCUCGUCCGCACCGCCGCCGACAGCCUCGCGCUCGCCUGGGAGCGCCAGGCCGAUGAGGAGUUCACCCUACAGAUGGACGAGGUGGCGCGCGGCCACGGAUUUCUCCCUGUAUACACGGGCACCGAGUGCUCCUACGACUGCACCUCCCUGCGUCGCGCCUCCGACUAUCGGUUCCGUUUAAGGUGCGAGAACGCCGACGGGCAGGGCCCCUGGUCGCAGGAGGUCACCUACCGUACUCUGCCCGAACGGCCCGGCGCACCCGGGCGGCCUGCGCCGAAGGGGAAGAUACACUCUCGUGCGUUCCGACUCAGGUGGGAUCCGCCGACGGACGACGGCGGCGCAGCGGUUGACACUUAUAUACUGGAAAUCGACGGCGGAGAAGGUUAUCAGCCCGUUUACAAGGGUCCUGAGAGGGAGGCGCAUUGCGACCGCUUACAACCGGGCGUCCAAUAUCGCGCGCGUGUUCGCUGCGCCAAUGUCGCCGGCGAAAGCGAUUGGUCUGCUGCGGAAACGAUCACGACGGAGGCGACAUGUCCUAGCGCUUGCCCUGCCCCGGAGCCGGCCGCCGAACCGCGCGCCACGCUGCUAGCGGUGCGAUGGCGGCCACCAGAAUGCAAUGGCGGAUCUCCCAUUACCGAGUACAGGGUGGAGAUUGUAGGAGAAGAUGGUACUGUGCGUAUAGCGCACUCAUCACUCGAGAGCGAGUGCAUCAUUCGCGAGCUGCAGCCAGGUUGCGAAUAUCGCGUAUGGGUCGUCGCCUGUAACAAAGUGGGUGCAGGGCUGCCGUCGCCUCCGCUUCAUUUCUCCACUGCGCCCGCUCCACCCGACGCGCCAGAAACCCCCGUUGUUUUUAUUGAAAAUUCGCGGACAAUUCGUCUCGAAUGGCACGCGUCACGGGACAAUGGAGCGCCGAUAAUAGACUAUCGGCUCGAAAUGAGCACAACAAACAACGAUGAUACGUUCGCGGAGGUUUACCGGGGAAGUGAAACGGCCUGCGAGGUAUCUAAGCUGACACCCUUCUCACCGUACUUCUUUAGGGUGUGUGCCACAAACUCGGCCGGCCGUGGAGCGUUUUCGGGAGUGCGCGACGUUCUAACACCCCGCGCCCCUCCAGCGCCGCCUUCAGGAAUUAGACACGAGGCAACAGUGGACAGCCUGCGUCUCCAUUGGCGUUGUCCUGCCAGCCACGGCGCGGAUAUAUUGGGGUACCGCGUGGAAGUUGACGAAGAUUCUUUCGAGACCGACGGCCCAACACCAGAGCGUCUAGUGGAAGGUCUUCAACCGGACACGGUAUACCGAGUCCGAGUGGCGGCUCUCAACGAACUGGGAUUGGGCGAGUGGUCGGAAGAGGCACGCGCGGCGACGCGUCCGCGGCCUCCGGCGCCGCCCGAGUUGCGUUGUGCCCAGGUCGUCCACAACUACAUCAAGCUCGACUGGCACGGCGGCGCGGAGGGCACGCUGUACUGCGUGGAGAUGCGCGCCGCCGAGACGCGCGAGUUCCGCCCGGUGUACCGAGGCUCGGCAAAGAGCUGCAAGGUGAAAAAGCUGCGCGAGGCCACGACCUACUGGUUCCGGAUCCGCGCCAGCGACGAGCGCGGCGGGCGCGGCGCGUGGGGCGCACCGGUGAGCGCGCGCACCCCCUCCGCCCCGCCGCCCGCCCUGCGCCCCCCCACCGUGCACCUGAACGCGCCGCGCCGCGCCACCGUCGCCUGGGAGCAGCUCGACGACGUCGAGUACGUGCUCCAGUGCGCACGCACCAAAGACGCCGUCUUCAAGCAGGUGUACGCGGGCGGCGAGACGCAGUUCACGCUGGAGGAGCUGGAGCACGGGGCGGAGUACGUGGUGCGCGUGUGCGCGGUGCGCGGCGGGCUGUUGGGCGCGUGGUCGGCGGCGGCGCGGCUGGCGGUGCCGGCGGCGGCGCCCGCGGCCAAGGUGCGCCGGCCGCGGCCCGCGCGCCCCCUCGCGCCCCGCCACGCCGCGCUGCUCAUGGCGGCCGGCUUCCUGCUGCUGGCGGUGCUCGUGGCGGUGCUGGUGCAGCAGCUGGUGGAGCCGAGGCCG